AUGGAGGUUAAAACAGAGGAAGAUGUUGGUGUUAAAUAUGCUAACAGGUGUGAAGUUUGCAAAGUACUUGCAACCGAAUUGCAGGGUAGACUCGAAGAAACCGGCAAAGUGCAUGAUGUAAUUGAAAUCGGAUAUUCAUUAGACGAUGUUCAACCAAAGAAGAAAACAAAAUAUGAGAAGUCGGAAUUAAGAUUAAUAGAAUCUUUGGAGGGUGUUUGCGAGAGAAUUCUAGAAUAUAAUAUACACAAAGAGAGACAAGACAGUACAAGAUUCGCAAAAGAAAUUACUCAAAUGAAGACACAAUGUGAGAGUCUGUUGGAAGAGAAUGAAGCUGCGAUUGAAGAGUGGUAUUGGAAUCAUCAAGGUACUAUAGAUUUAAAACACCAUCUUUGUACAAAGAAUGCCUUGAGAAAUUCAGAUGACUCCUGUUUGUUUGAAGAUUUAGAUAACUCUAAAGGGGAGAAAAGUGAGCUCUAUAAGUCUGAACUU